GCCACCAUGCGGGGAAAUGAAACUUACCCACCUUCUUGUUCUUAUGAUAAACCUGACCUCUUUCUAUAUACAUUCUGGAAUCUUCGAGAUAUUUCCAUCGAUUUUUCAGGCACAUUGCUCUACACUCCGUGAAACAUACUCGCCAGCAUGUCGUCCGAAUCCUCUCGCCUUGAUGCAGUUUUCCUGGAAUGCAUGAAAAAGCUCAACGAUGAAACGGUGAGCUGGCAAAAUGCCCGGGCAUCUGGCAACGCUGUCGCCGAACGCAAAGCUGCUGAAAAUAUAUCUGCGUACCUAAACGGAGCUGCCGAGACUCUUCCCACCUUUGUUCCCGACAAGGAGAAUGCGAAAUCAUUCCUCUCUACGGCGAGUAACGUUUUCCACCGGAAAGGAAAUGGCGACGAAAAGAAGGUUAUCUUGAACCGACUUUUUGCCAUCAUGAGAUUCUGCGGAACGAUCAAAGUCGCUAGUGCUCUUGCAUCCAGUGGUGGCUUGGUCGCUUUAUGCUGUUUAAGUGAGCACCAGUCAUUCGUGAUGCCCAGUGGGUCUAUUCUUGAAGUCAGCCAACUGAAGAAUCAUGAUGGUUCAACAACCCGCAUGUGGGAUUUGAACCAUAACGGGAUCCCCGACCAGCAGGACACAGUCAACGACGCUGGCCAGGUUAUCGACGAUGCUCAUACAAUGACUGAUUGGGACUUUUGGAGCGAUAUUUUCAAUAUGCUGCCCUUUUGAAUGCGUACGUUUUGGCAGAUGAGUGGCAAAGACAUGGCGUACAGGCUUUCAGCCCCUCUUUGA